AUGAUAUUGUAUACAUAUUUACAUAGAAAUGUUUCUAGAAACAGAAAUGUCCAAUGUGUCCGGAUCGGGAGGCAAAUGAAGGCAAAUCGGGGGAUUAAUCAUCACCCACCCCUCCGGCCCCGGGCUUCCCCCCCCACUGAACGUUCAAAGGAAAAAAACCCACUUGUGGCCCCAACUUCUGUCUCCUUCUCUCCUGGUUCUAUCCAUCUUACAUCUUCAAAAAUCACGAUUCACGCGAAUCGACUGUCACCUCGCAACAGGUUCGACAUCCAUCGCACUUGCGACAAAUUCGCACCGAGCCGCAUUCGGCAUCUUGAGUCACAUCUCUCCGCCUGCGCAACGCGCAUUUCCACGUAG